AGAGCGUUUUAUAAGGGUGUGGUAGUGAGAUCUUUCGGUUAUGUUUCGUAUUUGAGACGCAUGAAAAAGUGGGCUGAGAACUGUUGUAGAGUUUCAGCCCACUUUGACAGCACGCUGGUUUGUUUUGAUUUUGGUGUUUGCGGCUGAGCGAUCUCUACUAUUAAAUUAAAGUUUAAAUUUAACUAGCUAAAAUAACUACUAAAAAUAACAUAAUUAUAAAGUUUUGUGCCAACAGUCAGCGUAUAGUGAUUGAACCUAAGCUCUUGUGAAAGUUAAAAAUUGUAGUGCAUUCAAGAUUCCAACACCACGAUGCGCUUGAACGAGCAGCUCCAGCUCGUCGGCACCAACGUAAUACUGGUUCCAUACGAGGCAAAACACGUCCAAAAGUACCACCGCUGGAUGCAAAGCGAGGAGCUGCAAGAACUUACCGCGUCGGAACCCCUCACCCUGGAGCAAGAGUACGCCAUGCAGCAGUCCUGGCGCGAAGAUGACGACAAAUGUACCUUCCUGAUUUUGGAUAAGGCGAUCUUCAAUCAAACGGGUGACGAAAUCGCUGCUCUAAUCGGAGACACCAACAUAUUCCUGCUUUCGCCGGAUGACGACGGGGACGAUGAUCUAAAAACGGGAGAGAUUGAAAUCAUGAUCGCCGAACAGCCUGCUCGGGGGAAACGGUACGGCUGGGAGUCCACCCUGAUGAUGCUGGCGUUUGGCGCCAAAAUGCUAGCCAUUCGACGUUUCCGAGCGAUUACGAAGGACAGCAACGCCAAGGCGAUCCGGAUGUUUACCAAGAUGGGCUUUCGGGAAGUGAAACGAGUAGCCGUGUUUCAGGAGGUUACGUUUGAGAAGAAGGUGGAUGACGCAUGGCUCGAGUGGAUCGAGCGGGAAGUUUCUCUAGUAAUUGAACCGUACCACAAUGAGUGAAGAGAUGUGUGUUGAAAGAUUACUUUUAUUACAUGUAAAUCGGCUUUAGGUGCUGCUCGAGUUGAAUCUUCCCCUCUCCAACUAGCAAGCUUGCUUUAGUCUCUUGUUUGCAACCGUCAAUCUUUGUUCUAACCUAAUCAGAGCUAUUUUCUAUUUACCUUCACGCCUUUCUUCCCUUCUCUUUCCUUACAAAACUACACCAAGUCAAACUAGCACAAUUGUUCGAUUCGUUCGUAUUAGCUAUUUUUGGCAAACUAUUACUUUUGUCCUCUUUUCUUUUCUUUCCGUCCUUUUCCUGCACUUUUUCGACUAUUGAUUAAUACACAAGACAAAAACAAAAUAGAACGAUUAUUGCAGAUAUUAUUGUUGAGUAGGGGGAAAUGAUUCGGAGUGUGUUCUUAUGAAUCUACUAGCUACACCGGUUCCCAGCUUUUCGACGAAAUAAACAGAGCUUGUUUACUUGUGACACAGAACAAAACAAAAAACGUUUCUUUCUAUUUGUUUUUUUUUUUAUCCAUUGUCAUAAAAUAGUUUGAUGAGUAAUGAUUUAUGUAGUUGUUCCACGCUACGUGGAAGUGUGUAUGUUGCUAAUUUCUUCAAGAUGUUAUGUUAUUAGUUAUAAUUUAGUAAAUUUUGUCUAUCUAAUUCCCUUACUAUCUACGCAUAUAUUUUUUUCAACAGUAUGCACGGUGUUGAUACUGCUGAUCCCUUUACAAAUUAUUGACCAUUUACUACACUGUUUGUUGUUCGCCUCUUGGUGAAAAAAGUUGUUGUUUUAUUUAAAUGUAAUUAUCGUUGAAAAAAUGUCCAAAAGUUGAAAACACUGGUAAACAUCCUGCAAAUAUUAUGAGCGUGCGCAUGGUUGUCAAAUCAAACUGUGUCUCCGAAAUGUUUGUGGGUGAUUUUAUUGAGCUGAGUCAGCGAUAUUCUGUGCUACAUUUCUGGAGCAACAUUUGAAAAGGGCGCAUAAGCAUUUUGACAUCUAAAACGAUUUUGCAAAUUCCGAGGCAACAGGUCACUAAUUAACAAAACCCGCAAUGUUAGAAUUUAGCUGGGAAGGCCAGCUAUUAAUCAACACUUCGAGUUUCGUGAAAAGUGACAUGUUGUCUCGGAAUCUUCAAAAAAGUUCCAGCUGUCAAAAUGCUUAUCCGACCUUUUCUCUUGUUACUCCAGAUUUUACAAUUAUUUUAGAACUUUCAAACCUUAAAAUUCAAAGAACUAAAGAAUUUUGAAAUUUUAAAAUUUGAGGAUUAAAAAAUAUAUUAAUUUUACAAUUUUACCAUUUUCGUUUAAAUUUUCUAAAUAAUUUUUC